ACUAGAUGUGGCCAUCUAUCCAAUAAGUUGGAAAGUGUUGCCAAGCUCCAGGACCAAGUGUAUUCGAUUGCGAAACGCUUUGGGGAGAUACUUGGCCCCCAGACGUUGGCGUUGUUUGCCGAAUUCUAUGUGACUUCGGUAUCAUUUGGCUACCUGAUAUAUUCUACGUUUAAAUAUGGCGCACAGGCCUUCACUUAUAACCAUGCUAAUUUUUUUGUUGGCUGCAGCUGGUCCUUCUUUUACUAUCUGAAUGUAUUUCUCAAUAUAAUUAUCCUGAUGUAUACCCUUGAUGAUGACAAGAAACUGAAUGGUCUAUUGCGGAAGAACACAUUGCUUGCUUCUCGAUUGGAUGUUUGCCUCGAAAGAUCGUUUGAGAGCUUUCAGCUGCAACUGGUUCGAAACCCUGUAAAAGUGAAUGUGAUGGGAAUGUUUUCUAUCACACGGAGCUCUGUAGCUGCUAUGCUCGGCUCCAUUUUAAUGUACACAAUAUUACUUAUUCAAUGUGAUCUUGAACACUAUUGAUAUUGUCCAAUUUCCUGUA